GCGUAGUCGGAUGGACACCGGUUUAAGGUGCGAGAGGUUUCGGGUUCGAGUCCCGGGUAAGGUAUGGGUGUUAAUCUACAUACGGAUAUAUGAUUGAUUUGAUAAUAAAAGGCUUCGACUGAGAAAAGACAUCUAGUGCCGGUUGUGGGCGGAAGCCGAAAACCAUUCAACCAAUUAAAAAAAAAGAAAAUGCGAUUGUGCUGAAUAAGCGGUGAGAGGUUCGUAAAAUGCAACAUAACAUAGUCGAAUGGGGAUCCGGUCGUCCACAUGAAAUUGAUGGCCGAUUGGGCAGCGCUGGAAAAAGGAAAAUGAUCUUCUGAUACAUCAUAAAUAACCAAGUGAAGCAUAAUGAUUCAUGAAGCCAUUGCAGCUCUUUUGGGCUAUGAAGGAAAUUUUUUUGCAAAUGACAUUGAAGCCCAGACAUCAGUUUUGGAUUUCCACCCAGGUGAAAUACAGCUCUUGAAAAAGAUACAUAGUUUGGGUUCGAAAUAUAAGUUGUUGAAGAAUUUUGCUAUGGAAAAUGCUUAUCAGUUUAGUUGCAGAAAAACCCCACAGAAAGAAUGUGACCAGUCGGAAGUGGAGCCACAUGCCUACAGCAUGUACAUGCAUGCGUUCUGCAACGGGCUGAGCUGCUUGCUCCAGCCGUACGUUGACGAUGUGACUGGCUUGGAAGACAAAGCGCUGCGCGACCCUCACUUCACAGUUUCGGACCUGGUGUGCCGCGUGCACAAGUACGAGGCCGUGUUCCGCGCUCUCGUCGCCAUGACGGACGAAGUUACCCAGCAGAACAUAUGUGGCAUACAUCUUCUAACAUACCUGAAGAGAAAACUAAAUACUUGUAUAGGAGAGGAGAGAACAAGCGUUGAAUGUCUCCUGCAUUACUGCCACAAAGUUUUGCUGAAGCAGCUGACCAGUUGGCUGCUGUACGGCUGCGUUUUGGACAGCCACGAUGCGUUCUUCGUCCAGAGGAAGCAGAAGCGUCUGGCCGAGAGCUGUGAUUGGGCGACGGAGGACUCGGCCGCGCCCAGCACGGUGCACCAGGGCGUGCCCGGCAGCUCGGUCUACUCCACAACCGCAAGCACCGUGCGAUUGGGUGCAUCCGGUUCCUCUCAAUCCUCCCAGUCCGGUUACGCAACUUCGCUGACUGCAGGCGCUGCGAACUGUGCCGGAACUACUUCCGUUGUCCCUGGGCCACCAGUUGGUUUGAAGACUGAUGAGCCGUCGGGAAUUUCGAAGACUGAAGAUGACGUUUUCCAAUAUGAAAUCUGCGCAGAAAAGCUGCCAUCGUACAUUCCGCCAUCACUCGCACACAAGAUCCUGUUCAUCGGUGAGACAAUAAUGAUGUUCGGUGGAAAUGCAAAGCAAAGCAAGGAUGCGAAGAACGGCAAGCAUAGAAAUGGCGACGCGCUCGUCGAGUCCGCGGACUGCAACGCCGGCCUCGGCCACGCGGUCUGGGGGGACCGGGAACUGCAGUUCCUGCACCGGCUGCGCGAGUUGCAGAACGCCCAGUCCCUCAACGUGGCGGCGCUGGAAGAGGUCGUGGAUGACAUUCGCAUGUGCCUCGCACAGCAUUUAUGGCAGUUGGCUGUGGACAAGGCAGAACUUUUCACACAGUUUAGAUUGAUCAAAGAUUUCUUCUUGCUGGGCAGAGGAGAAUUGUUCCUGGAGUUCAAUCACUUGGCCAGUAACAUUUUACAAAAGACUCCAACGAGUAAAUCAGAGCGCGAAGUCAACUCUGCAUUUCAAAUAGCAGCUCGCAAGGUCCUGUUGAACGAUGAGUCGGCAAUGGACAAAUUCAAAUUUCACCUGCCUGUUCCGAGCAGUCCCGCUCCAGCUGAAGAUUUAGUGAAGGGCUGGAGUGUAGUGGGCCUGACCUACAAGGUCACCUGGCCCCUGCACUUCAUCUUCACCAAGCCGGUGCUCAGGAACUACAACGAGCUGUUCCGCUUCCUGCUCCGCGUGAAGAAGGUCGAGAUGGAACUGCACUCCAUUUGGAUCGAGCACCUGCAGUCCAGGAUCAGAUGCAGGCCGGACGUGUGGCAGCUGCACAGGAACCUGAUGUUCCUGGUCGACAACCUGCAGUACUACCUGCAGGUGGACGUGCUGGAGAGCCAGUACACGCAGCUGCAGGCCAGGAUCAGCGACACCAAGGACUUCGAGGUGGUGAAGGUGGCCCACGCCCAGUUCCAGACCAAAGUGCUGAGCCAGUCCUUCCUCCUGACCGAGCGCUGCGAGGAAGGGGGCCCAGCGACAGAGGGCAGCCUGCACAACAACUCGGUCCACAAGUGCCUGUGCCUGUUCCUGGAGCUGUGCGAGGAGUUCUGCGGCAAGGUGGGCGAGUGGAGCGCGGAGGGCGCCUGGGACGGACUCGACGUGGCGGUGCAGCGCUGCAACUGGCUCACGCGGCUGCUGCUCGAGAUGCUGGCGGGGCUGCGCACCCACCCCUGCGGCACCUACCUCUCCCAGCUGCUGCUGCGGCUGGACUUCAACCGCUGGUUCGAGAGGAGGGCAGACACCUCCUCCGCCUCGGCUGCGGACAUCUCACUCGCCAGUAGCCUUGCUGACUCUGCACCCUGAACAUGCCUUCUCAUACAACGCAGAGAACAACUGUAGAAAGUACAACACUGUAUACAUUGUUUGUGACCCAUUGAUCUGAGAUUUGAGCAUCAUGUGACUAGCCUAAGUAAAACCUUAUAAAUAAGUUCA